AUGCUUCGUAGUUUGAGGUUACAGAAACGGACAUUACAGCGAGGAUUGGCUACCAGCGCUGACCCAGCUGCGAAUGCUAAUAGAGUUCAUGGGGGCUUGAAGGAUCAGGAUCGUAUCUUUCAAAAUCUUUAUGAUACAUAUGGCCAUGACUUGAAAUCAGCUCAGAAAAUGGGGGAUUGGCAUAAAACUAAGGAGAUACUCUUGAAGGGAGACAAAUGGAUCAUUGAUGAGGCUAAGAAAUCUGGUUUGAGAGGAAGAGGUGGUGCUGGAUUCCCUUCCGGCCUUAAGUGGUCUUUCAUGAAUCCUCCAAAUUGGGAAAAGAAUAAUGGUCCAAGAUACUUAGUUGUUAACGCUGAUGAAGGAGAGCCUGGUACAUGUAAAGAUAGAGAAAUUAUGAGAAAAGACCCCCACAAGUUGGUUGAAGGUUGUUUGGUGGUAGGAAGAGCCAUGAAUGCCACUGCAGCAUACAUCUAUGUAAGAGGUGAGUUUUAUAACGAGGCCGUGAUCUUACAAGGGGCUAUCAAUGAAGCCUAUAAAGCUGGGUUACUUGGUAAAAAUGCAUGUGGCUCAGGCUACGACUUUGAUGUCUAUAUACACCGUGGAAUGGGUGCCUACAUUUGUGGUGAAGAAACAGCUUUGAUCGAGUCUUUGGAAGGAAAGGCGGGAAAGCCAAGAUUAAAGCCACCAUUCCCAGCAGGUGUUGGGUUAUUUGGUAGGCCAUCGACUGUAACAAAUGUCGAAACUGUUGCAGUUGCGCCAACUAUCAUGAGGAGAGGCGGUGACUGGUUCAAUUCCUUUGGUCGCGAGAGAAACUCGGGAACUAAGUUGUUUUGUAUUUCGGGUCAUGUGAACGAGCCAUGUUCGGUCGAAGAAGAGAUGUCGAUACCUUUGAGAGAAUUAAUCGAAAAGCACUGUGGUGGUGUCAGGGGCGGCUGGGAUAACUUGUUAGGUAUUAUCCCUGGGGGUUCUUCUGUCCCGGUUUUACCUAAGAGCACUUGUGACAACAUCCUUAUGGACUACGAUGCUUUGAGAGACGUUGGGUCUGGUUUGGGUACCGCUGCUGUGAUUGUCAUGGAUAAAUCAACUGAUAUGAUCAGGGCCAUUCAAAGAUUCUCUGCAUUCUACAAGCAUGAAUCUUGUGGACAAUGUACACCAUGUCGUGAAGGUACUACUUGGUUGGCGAAGAUGAUGGAAAGAUUUGUCAAGGGUCAAGCAACCGAAAGAGAAAUCGACAUGAUCUUCGAAUUAACUAAAGAAAUCGAAGCCCACACUAUUUGUGCACUUGGUGAUGCAGCUGCUUGGCCUGUGCAAGGCCUUAUCAAAUCAUUCAGACCACUCAUGGUUGAGAGAAUGAAUGAGUACCAAAGCAAGCAACCAGUAGGCUUGGGAGGCUGGACUGAUAGCGGUAGGAUUAAAGAUGGUAAAGUUAUCGAUAACCCGAUGCCUGCCCCGCAUCAUUAA